CACUUCUGUACACAACAUAAUAUUAUUUUAGUGGAGGAGUAGCUGUCAACAACGAAGUUCGUAAUGGAUUCACGCGUUCUCUCUCAUUUUAUAGCCUUUUGUAUGAUCGUUUCAUUUGAAAUAGUGGCAGCUACAAAAGAUUUAUACCGAUGCCCUGUUGUUGUACGACGAGAACUGAUCAAAACGCUACAGUGUGAGAACAUUUCAGGACAAGUGUUAUGUGUUUGUUUCUCGUGAAGGGACAUGGGUAACGGCAAGAGAGCAAUGUCAUAGAUGGGGAGGAGAGCUUGUGUCCAUUCCUAACGAACAUAUAAUGAAUUUCCUCAAACGGACAUUGGGUAGUUUGAGAUGGACAAAUACAGGCACAUGGAUUGGUGCUAAUAGUAGAAGUGGAGGCGUAUGGAGGUGGACAACAGGUGAGCGUCUUCAAUGGGGUUACUGGGCCCCUGGUCAACCAAGCAAAUCACUUGGUCUGUUUUCCAUAGAGGACUGUGCCCUUAUGAAAAGACAGGACGGUUAUCGGUGGCACGAUUACCAUUGUGACACAGAUAUGUUCUAUAAAUACAGAUCUGUUUGUGAUUUCCGUAUGUCGCCUCGUACGACUACCACCACCACCACCACUGCUAGCACCACAACUUCAGCCUCUACAACCGUGGCCAAUACGACCCUUGCUUCUGCCCCUACUACAGAACCACCCCCUUCCACUCAGGAGCCUGAACUGGUUGUCAUUCAUGUCCCGAAGUUAGGCCCCAAUCAUGAUAAGCCAAAGAUAUUGGAAAGCCAAAAAAUGGAGUCGGGGUAUCGCAAAGCCUUUGAAAAUGCCCAUAUUGAUCCUGACCAAGCCUCGUCUACAGGUGAUCGUCAGUUGGAAUCAGACAACAGCACGGAUAAAGACAGUUUACUGAUUGGGUUUAUAUCUGGAGCAGUUGUUGUACUGCUGUUGGCAGUGUUUGCCUUCAUCUUCUGUCGUAAGAGGUUCCAACGCAAGAAGCCCAUGGAUGAAAUGUCAGUGCGCUUUGAAAAUCUCAAUUAUGCACGUGUGGACCAGCGUGACCAGGGUCCUCAGAGGGCCCAGAGUAAUAUUUACAUGGACACCAGUGAUAUGAACCGACUGUACGAUGUUGUCACCAAGCAGGUGGACCAUGGCGUCAAUCGCUACGACACUCAAUACACCUCCACUCUGCAGGCCAAGGGGGCUGCAGAGGGGGGCAAGGACAUGUGUUGUAGCGAGGACCCAGGCUACGAGACCCCUCUUAAAAAGUGCCCGACAUCAAGAGACGACAACCCACCAGCUCCCCCUCUCCCAUGUUUGAACAAUCGACGACCCAAACCAGUCCAAGAAUGUGAGUAUGUGGAUAUGUCUGCCGGUAGUAGACAAGGAAAAGCUACCAAUCUCAUCAAUGAGGCAAACCGAGUGGUAGAUCCAUGCAAGCCGAGCAAUCUGGAACAGAGAGUGGAGCCGACAGAUCAGCCAAUGUAUGCCAAUGACAAUGCCGUCAAUGAGGCUUUGGAGGAACAUGGAAGUGAGGACGAGAUCAUCCAGCCUUUCCUCGGACAAAAUCGUGGCGAGAGUGCGGCUGCUUCAGAUGCUGAACAAAUCUACGAGACUGUGCAGUGAUAUGUGUGGGGGACUAUCUCAAAUACCCACUGUGUUCAUUGAUGUCAAGUGGGUGAUGCUAGCACCAAAAUAUUAGCCAACUGCUAUCUUAGAUUUUGCAUUAACAUUGCAUUUCAAGAAAAAAUCAUUUGGAUAUAUGUGAGAACAGUACUCAAAACCCAAAUAUAUAUACAGAUUAUUCCUGUAUAUUUCAGGCUGAUUUCAAUUUCAACCAUGUUUUAGUAGACCAUGCCUAUUCAUACUUUCAAUCAUGAGUUGUGUUUGUGCAUCCUUUUACUCAGGAUAACAGAUCAAUCGCUGAAGUUUUCAUUAUAGACCUGCUACUGUUAAGCUGAUUUUCAUGCAUACAUGUACAGUAACACCUUGUUAUACUGCCACUAUUUUUUGUGUUAUAAAGGCAUUUGGCUAUAUGAAGAGGGAGACUUAUAAAGGAAUUUAUAAGGAAAAAUGAAAUUGAAAAUAUGUUUGUAUACCUACAUUUAAUGUGUAGAUUGUAAAUUAUAUUGCUGAUUCAUUGGAAAAAAUGAAAUUGAAAAAUAUGCCUAGAGGGUAAUGUACAUUAAAUACGUAUAUUGUCAAAUAUGUUGUUUAGUAGAGAAAAAAGAGAAAUUGAAAAUGUGUCUAUGGGAACAUUAGAUAUGUUGAUUGUAAAAUAUAUAGUUUCGCAGAGAAAAAAGAAGAAACAGAAAAUGUGCAUAUAUGGGAACAUUAGAUAUGUUGAUCGUAAAUUGUAUUGUUUCAUGAGAAAAUUGAAAGUGUGCCUAUGGGAACAUUAGAUAUGUUUAUAGCAGUAUAAAUUAUAGUUUCCUGAGAAUUUUUUUUUUGAUACAUUGGUCGAAAUUUUUUUUAUUAAUCCAUGUCAUAAACAAAAUGAUGGGUUUAUCAAGGUAUUACUGUACUGACUAUUGGAGAUAUUGUCGUUCAUCUCAUCAAUUUUUUAUCGUAAUUGCACUACACUCUAAGUGUUCAUGUAAGUGUAUACUGUCUUGUCAGUAAAUUCACACGCUCAUCCAUAAAAUGGUACACGUUACGUAGAUCUGGAUGAUGCUUUGGCUUCCAGUGUUAAUGUUACAAUGUGGCGAUAUGUUAGUGUUAGACAGUUGUUUGUUGAUGUUUACCGCUAUACAGCAAAAUAUUAGAACGUAUCAAAUCCCUGUGUAAUAGUCAGUGGGACAAACGUUAACCCCUGUGUAAUAGUCAAUGGGACAAACCCCUGUGUAAUAGUAAGUGUAACUCUGCAUGAUGCAAAUAUUUAAAACACAUUCACCCUAUUAUUUGAUUAUUCAUUAUUUAAC